AGAAAGCUGUACUAAGCCAGGGCAGUGUUUUUGUCCUUCCUCAGCUCUGUCUGCCCAGCAUUCCCUCACUGCUUUUCUUCACCGUUCUUGCAUGAAAAGAGAUCUAGGAUGACAGGAAAUGUGAUGACUCAUCUGACAUCAGAUUGGGCCCUUUUUAUUUGCCCUUUUUGUUGGCCUCAGUCUGAUAUUGGGAGCAACCGUGUUAUGAUGUGAAUGUUUUUAUUUCACAGAAGACACGCAUGGAUUGCAGUGGGACUCUGAUGAUGUAAAGUCUGAUGUGUGUGUCUGUCUGGUAGCUCUCUGUUUUCCUCCAUCCUUUGAUUAUAGAAAAAGGAAUCAAAGUGUUUUAAUCAUGCCGACCAGCAAGGGUCAGGGAUGCCUUCCCUUUGAUUUGUGUCUCUGCUUGUGUAUAUUCAUACCUUUCCUUAAAGAUUGUGCAGGCUGUGCAUCUGAGGAGAGACUCUUUCACAGACUGUUUUCUCAUUAUAACCAAUUCAUCAGGCCUGUGGAAAAUGUUUCUGACCCUGUCACAGUGCAUUUUGAAGUGGCCAUCACACAGCUGGCCAAUGUGGAUGAAGUAAACCAGAUCAUGGAAACCAAUCUGUGGCUACGUCACAUCUGGAAUGAUUAUAAAUUGUGCUGGGACCCAGUGGAAUAUGAUGGCAUUGAGACUCUUCGUGUUCCUGCGGAUAAAAUCUGGAAGCCUGACAUUGUUCUAUAUAACAAUGCUGUUGGCGACUUUCAAGUCGAAGGCAAAACCAAAGCUCUUCUUAAAUAUGAUGGCAUGAUAACCUGGACUCCACCGGCUAUUUUUAAGAGUUCUUGUCCUAUGGAUAUCACUUUUUUCCCUUUUGAUCAUCAAAAUUGUUCCCUGAAAUUUGGUUCCUGGACAUAUGACAAAGCUAAAAUUGAUCUUCUAAUCAUUGGAUCUAAAGUAGAUAUGAAUGAUUUUUGGGAAAACAGUGAAUGGGAAAUUGUUGAUGCUUCUGGCUACAAGCAUGACAUAAAAUACAACUGUUGUGAAGAGAUAUACACAGAUAUAACCUAUUCUUUUUAUAUUAGAAGACUGCCGAUGUUUUACACCAUUAACCUGAUCAUUCCCUGUCUCUUUAUUUCAUUUCUUACUGUGUUGGUCUUUUACCUUCCUUCUGACUGUGGCGAAAAAGUGACUCUUUGCAUUUCAGUUCUGCUUUCUCUGACUGUGUUUUUGCUGGUAAUCACGGAAACCAUUCCAUCCACGUCUCUAGUGAUCCCACUGGUGGGUGAGUACCUACUGUUCACCAUGAUCUUUGUCACCCUGUCCAUCGCAGUGACUGUGUUUGUGUUGAACAUACACUAUCGCACCCCAACAACACACACCAUGCCCAAGUGGGUGAACACGGUUUUCCUCCAGCUGUUACCCCAGGUCCUGAUGAUGAGAAGACCUCUGGACAAGACAAGGAAGACAAGUUAUGAUAAAAACCCUAAAGGCAUUUCCAGUUGUCCUGCCAAAGUCACAUUUGAUAAUCGCAGAGAGCCCAAACUUCUUAAAGAAUGUUACCACUCUCAUAAAUCACGUCAUCUUGCUACCAGCAAGAGAAGAUUAAGUCAUCAGCCUUUACAGUGGAUGAUGGAAAAUUCAGAGCAUUCGCCUGAAGUUGAAGAUGUGAUUAAUAGUGUUCAGUUCAUAGCAGAAAACAUGAAGAACCAAAAUGAAACAAAGGAGGUAGAAGACGACUGGAAAUAUGCAGCUAUGGUUGUGGACAGAGUAUUUCUUUGGAUAUUUAUAGCUGUCUGUGUGUUUGGAACUGCAGGGCUAUUUCUACAACCACUACUUGGAAACACAGGAAAAUAUUAAGGAUUUUAUCUUCUGAAAUUUACAGACACUAUAUUUGUUCUGUGUUUCCUACAGCAAGGAAAGGAAUAUAAAGCUUCCCAUCUAAGUCUCUCAUCUACUGAAGCUGAUGACUAGAUGGAAAAAGAGGACUUUAUUUGCACAUGAGGAGCCUGAAUGCCCUCCUUUGUAGCACGAAGGAGGGUUGUGAGAUAGAUGUGCUCUAACACUGGAGCCCAGAGCUGGCAGCACCCACAGGAUUUUCAUGUCUGGACAUGUUCAGCUUCCAGGGAUGUGAUGAUCUGUAAUACAGCAAACCAUGUAAUCAACACCAAGCCACAUUAAAGAUCGGUUUUGUGGUCCCUUCA